AAGCUUGUCACAGAUGGGAAACAAAAAUGGCUGCGCCCUGUGUUUCUUAUUUUUCCAAACUGCGAUACAUGUUGCAUCGCACUUCAGGCUGAAUCCAAGGGUCAAGUAUGACCAGAUAUGUUAAUGACGUCUAAAAGUGUAAUGUUCAUCUAUGCUUCAGCGUUUGAAACAGUACAUGUCAACGUUUGGUCUGGCAUCUGAUUGAUAGCUGAGUUUGUGCUCUUGAGUCUUGGUCAUGUUGGUCUACGUCUGUACAUCUGUCAUGUCUGUACUACCUACAUGCAUGUGCUUCAACCCCCUGAUUACUGCUCGUCAGUGAUAAGACACAAGCACAGCUGCACCAACAAAUGCCUACCUGGUUGUAUGAGCUACAUGUUACUUACUGAGGAUGGCAGACAGGCCCAUUUCUACACAUUCAGCCAUUUGUUUUCUGUCCGUCUGGAUAGUUGCAUUUACAUUUCGUCAUUUAUUUUUGCAAUUUGGAGAACAAGAAACAAGAUAUAAUAUGCACCAUGAGAUUGUAUUUGGCGUAUUAUCAGCAAGAGAAAACUCUGCACAACGCCAUGCAGUACGAGAGACAUGGGGGCAGUACAUUCGAGAACAGUCUGAACUGAAAAAUAAAGUACUGCUUAGAUUCAUCGUUGGGAGUCGUGGUUGUGAUAUCCCUCAGCAGUUCCGGGAAGACAUGUACUCAUGCCAGUCAGUGUUAUUAAACACAAGCAUGGUGAAUCUCAAUGCAGAAAUAGUAGCAUUAGAUUUUAAGAUGCCACUGAGCAACCGCUAUGGAGCAACAAAAUCACUUGAAUACUUUGGCACUGACUUCAAGGUCAAUUAUGCUUUGAUUGUGAGGAAACUUGGUAUAAAUGCUGCUGCUUUGUCACAGGAAAAGCAAUGCAGCGUCACACUGUAUGAUACAUGGAGCCAAGAACCUGUCAUAGAUGUUACUUUCACCCCCAAUGAUCCAGGCACUCUCCUAGAUGGCUUUAGAUUCAAAGAUGUGGAAACUUAUCUCUUUCCUAAAAACUUUGAGGGAACUAUUGUUGUUGGACCUCUCAGUAAGGAUGACGUGUGGCUUUCGGAAAGAAAAAAUGAGCAAAUUGGAAGUCAUAUGCAUAACACUCAUAAGAUUUUAUCUGCAAGAAAAAUUUUACGGACUUCAAAGACAAAAGGUUUCCCAAGUGAGAUUGAACUUCUUGAUUUCUCCUUCCCACUUGGAAACUUUGUUUUUGAAAUUUAUGAACCUGUUAAAGUGGAUGAAAUGAUCAAAUAUAGUUCAGCCAUGGCACAAUCUCAGAUUGAAAGAAAUAACCAAGAAUCACAAACUCUCAAGGAUGAGCAAAAGGAAUACAGCGAUCUUCUUUUUGUUGAUGAAAUUGAUGUCUAUAGGAACAUUCCACAAAAACUAGUGCACUUUUUUCGUUGGGUGAUAAACAGCACAGAAGCAAAUUUUAUCAUCAAAACAGAUGAUGACUGUUUUAUGAAUGUUGAGGCUGUUAUCAGGAUGCUUCAAAAUGGACACAUCACUGCAAAAAGCCGCACAUGGUGGGGUAAUUUUCGAACUAACUGGCCUCUAGAUGUACUUGGUAAAUGGGCAGAAACUGAAUAUCCUGCCCCAGUUUAUCCUGCGUUUGCCUGUGGGUCAGGCAAUCUGUUGACUCGUGAUUUAGUGGAGUGGAUUGCACAGAAUUCCCAGUUUCUUCAUGUUUACCAAGGCGAGGAUGUGUCGAUGGGAAUAUGGCUUGCUUCGAUACUGCCGUAUUAUAUAGAUGAUAGCAGAUGGAAGUGUGAUGAUGUAUGUCAACAGGAUGUUUUUGUUUUGCCAGAACUGUCCCCUCAACAACUGCGAACUUCCUGGAAGAAUUGGAUGCAGUGCCAAAAUCCAUGCAGUUGUGGUUAA